GCGGCCAUUAAAGUCUCUCUUCGUUAAAAACACGACUUUUCAAAACAACAAGAGUGAGUGAGAGAGAAAGAGAACAACGUAAGACUUCGAUCCAACAGAAAUGGUGUGUUUCUGUUUUCUGGUGGAUCAGAGGAGGAAGGUGCAGCGGAGCAAGCCGGCGGCGGGGUCCUGCUCGCGGUGCGGCGGCGGAGCCAGCGUGGCGGAUAUGAUGACACAAACCAGAUUUUGCUACAUUCCAUUUUACUCCAAAUCUUGGAAAGCUAUUAUUUGCACUUUUUGUGGAGCCACUCUCAAAUCUUACAGAUGAGAACCACCUUAAUAUUCUCAUUUCUUAAUGUCUCAUAGUAUAUGUAAUACAUAAUAUAAAUCUAUGUUUUCGUUUAUUAUUACUUUCUUCUUUGUUUUUUGUUUUUUGGUUUUUGUUUUCAGAUACUUACAUUUUCGUGUCUUCUCUGAAAGCCAACAAGUUAGAUACUUGUUGUGGAAAGUGAACUUUUUACAUAAAAAGUUUUACUGUCACAUUCUUUUGUU